GUUAAUGUACAUGUGCAUAAAUAUGUAAUUAGAACGUCUCGGCAGAUUUCAGAGAGAGUCUCAGAGAUUGGACUGGUCAGCCGCCAAAUUGAAUAUAAUGCGCAGAAGAAUCUCGCUGACGAUGAUAUUAAAAGCUGGAUGUGUUAUCAGGACAAUCUGUCAGCGGAGAAUAAGAAGAGAAUUAAACACAAUGAUAUCAAACGCUGGGUGUUUUCGCAGAACAAACACUUAAAGCUGGGGUCGAAUGAGAUGCCCAGCGAAGAGACAAUGCUCGAUGGUCCCCAAAAUGAUUAUGAGGUCCUGAGGGAGCUCGAUGAAGCUGAACGUACCUUAAUUGCGCAGGAAAAACUUUUGCUUGGACUUUUGCCUCUCCGGCAGGAAACUUCGUCCUUUGAUGCCUAUUUCAACAUGACAUCUUCGAAGGACUGUGACAUCAACAUGGGUGACCUCAAGUUGAGUGGCGAUGACCCUAAGGAAGCUGCUAAGAAUCAGCACAAAGGCGGCUGGCAUCGCGUUUUGGAUGCACCAAAAAUGGAUGGGGAAUCUCCCAAUAUCGGCAAGCCCGUGAAGUAUGUGACCCCACUUCCGCCCCCAUCGCAAUUCGUCCGUCCUAAGGGGUCACCGCUGUUGGCUGGGUGCAAGAAACCAAUUAUAUUGCCUGCAGGAUAUGAUCUGUCAAGCAUGCGGAAAAUCAAAGAUCCCAACCACUGGUCGCUUCGCCCAAACGUUCGCACUGGUGAUCACAUUUACUAAAGUUUUCUGCCAUUUAGCACUGACAAUUUACAGUGCACCAUACGUACAUACAUACAUAUGUAGUAUGUCACAUGUGGGUCAUAAUAUUCAUAAUUCAUAAUAUGGUUAUUCAUAAUAUCGCAGUAUAGCUAAGGAAAUGGAAACCGAUUGGAAAAGGUUUCAUGGUGCGGCCUGCAGAUAAAAUGCAACAAAAUUUUCGAAUUUUAUUAUUAUUAACUCAAUGCAAGAGCUUCAUGGGAGCACAUUGAUUUAUUAAUAAAUGAAUAACUGGACUUCAAUAAAACAUGUUGAAUAGUUUUAUGUUAUAGUGAGCACUAGCGUACUAUAUAGAGGUACUAACGCAUAUAUCUCUCGCUAUAACUGGUGAGAAAAUCUCUGUCCAUGUAAAUUAGAGCAGCCUACGGAAUAUCCAAGGCCCA